GCCCGCCGGGCCCAGCCGAGCGCUCUGCACCUGCGGCGGCGGCGGCGGCGGCGGCGCGGGCGGGGAGCGGCAUGGACGCGGCGGCCGAGACCCUCGAGCUCAACGGGCUGACGGGCGGCGGCGAGGCGCCGCGACCCGCCGGGAGAGUACAACAGUGGCUGCAGAGAAAUGGACCUAUGAACAUUAAUCACUAUGCCAAUAAGAAGAGUGCUGCAGAAAGCAUGCUGGAUAUUGCUCUGCUGAUGGCCAACGCAUCCCAGUUAAAAGCAGUGAUGGAACAAGGACCCUCUUUCUCAUUUUACGUCCCACUCAUUGUUCUCAUCAGCAUGUCACUCGUACUUCAAGUUGCAGUGGGCGUGCUCCUGAUAUUUCUUGUAAAAUAUGACCUUAACAACCCUGCAAAACACAACAAGCUGGAUGCUCUCAAUAACGUUGCAACUGGACUGGUGUUCAUUAUAGUAGUUGUGAAUGUUUUUAUCACUGCAUUUGGAGUACAGAAGCCUGCACCUGAGACAUCCUCAAAACAGUAGGUGACAGAAAGAAAUCUGAACCACAGACCUCCUAGCAGAUACCUUUUGCAUUUUAUCUUGGACCCAAAGAGAAUAAUCUGAAGAAGUGAAAUUAUUCAAGCUAGCCUCUUUAUUAGUUUUCUUCAUCUGAUGUUUUUCUGUGCCUGAAAUUUUUAUCUUUUAAAUGUUUAAGGUGUUUAGUUUUUGUUGAAAGCAUCAGAUAUUACAAAUCUUAGCACAUUGAUGCAUUCCAAGAUUAAGGCAGCUCUGUUUCUGCAGUAACUGGUAGUUCUUCAAAGAAAUAUGCAGCAUAACAUAUUGCAGGGAAUGAAGUGAUGGCAUCCACUUCAGAGACAUCUCAGGACUCUUCACUUUCUAUGCCUUCUGUUUUCCUGGUGGGCAAGAAGCUGCCCAACAUAAUUGUUCAUUGUUGUCUACUCUGGCAAUGGUUUCCAAACUUUCUGGACCAGUGGACUGCUUUCAGCCCUCAGAAUAUUUUGUGGACUACCAUAUACCCAUGUCAUUAAGGUUUUAAGUGAAAAAGCAGGGAGAGGGUAUAAUUCUUGAACCACUUGCUGUGGCCUCAAGGGAAUAACUAAACUAUCGAAAAUAAGGGUUUCAGUUUGGCAUGAUCACACUGCCUAUACCUCACUUCACUGGGAUCUAGAUAUUUGUAAUUCACAGUGCAGUUAUCUUUAUGCUGAAUCAAGAGGCCACAUUUUAUUGCCCCUCUGUCAGCUAAUUGGAAACUCUGCUUCCUCUAAGUUAAAAGGAAGACUAUUAGGAACAAAAGGUCAACUGGAACAUUCAGUUGUCCAGUUUCCCUCACAAGCAGUCAUUUGCCCAACUUCUGUCUCUAGAUCACAGUCAGUACUUGACAAUCUGAGUGAAUCUCCUUCCCUGUCAUGCAACCACAGAAACAGCCCCUUUGCCUAGUUUCUCACCCACAUUGUACUCUAGCCUGUAAAAUAUAUUAUGUACCAUUCUAGCCUAUUAUGAAAAGUCUGUUAACAUGUUACUAUAUCUAGGCCCAGCUGAGUAACUUAAGAAUAGAAGGUGAAAUUCAUCCAUGCACAGAGGGAUUUUUCAGGGCACCUAUGCUAUUAACCCUGAAAAACAGUGUGCGUUAACUGAAUUUUGCUUGACAGCUUUUUCUGCAUGCUCUUGCUUUUGUGAGUAUGUGACUAAUUUGAGUCAAAAAUAAAUUUAAAACAGGGGGGAGAUCUUUAUGGCUCAUGUAACCUGCUGGCACGGGAAGUAAUUUUUCCUGAGUACACACUGCUGCUGGCAGUGAUGUGUAUUGUAGAUACUACCACUAACAAAAGCAUUUUAAUCCUUUUAUUUCUAAUUUAUAGUACCUGCGAGUAGAAGUUUAGUUUUCUUGUGUUAACUUCCUUGUAGAUAUAAAUGUGUAUUAAUAUAUCUCCUUUGUCAUCACUUUAUGUUUUAAAAUCUCUCUUCUUGUAGCACUAUACAUAAAAUUAUUAAGAGAACUGAAAGUACAUCGAGUUCUCAAAGAAGCCUUUAUGAAGAAAUGAGCUUUGAGACUUCUCUUGUUUUCUGUAGGUUACGUAAGUAUUAUCUUCCAGCAGAAAACAAAGCAUCAAAAAGUUUUUGUUGCUUUGUUUCCUGUUAAGACUCUUUUCUUGAAAGUCUCUGGUAAAUAAGGUCUGUACAACACAGAGCAAAGAGAUUUUACUGUAGCUUAGAGUAGCUACAAGCAGAUGCUUACCACAGAUUUCCCCAACAUUUAAUAUGUCAUCUCUCAAAAGAAGUUAAGUCAAAAUAAUAGUAAAUAAAACAGAUGAAGGAAUAUCACUAUGCACUAGGGCUGUGCGAAGCUUCGUUCCCCAAUGCGAUUUGGCGAAGAUUCGGCCCAAUUCAGUGGCCGAAUCUCCAAAUCCGAAUCGAAUCAGGAGACCCUUUAAUCUCUCCAAAUUGAAUUGGAACCCUCCAAAUCGAUUCGGAGAGAUUCGACGAUUCGGACAUAGACACAAUUUUAAAUGUUUUUUUCUACAUACCUCAAAGUACCAGGUGGCUUGUGAAUGCUGAGAUGCUGGAGCAGAUGCAAUGUCCCACAGGAGUGCAGAGGGCUCCCCAGUGCUCUUGGCAGCAGGCCUGGGAGCGGACCAGAAGUAUUUCUGGUCCACUUCUGGGUCUGCUGGGGAGCGCGCCUGGCCCUGGCACCCCCCUGUCCCACCCUGGCUUGGCAAGUGGCCCCCCACAGCUGAUUGCCAAGCCAGGGGACAGGGCACAGGGGGCCCCCACAUGAGCUCGGCAGUGGACCCGAAAGUGUACCGGAAGUACAUCUGGUCCACUUCCAGGUUUGCCGCCAAGCACGCUGGCCCUUCGGCCCCCGCCCCCGGUGCUUCUGUGGGAUGCUUCAUCUGCCCCACCAUCACAGUGUUCACAAGCUGUGUCUGGUACCUCGAGGUAUGUAGAAAAAACAUUUAAAGCUGCAUCUAUGGCUGAAUUGCUGAUUCUCCGAAUCAGCAUCGAAUCUCCAGAUUUGGAUUUGGUUGAAUCAAAUCGGGGACAGUGAUCUGAAUCAACGAAUCGAAUCACUGUCCUUGAUUCGGGCCAAAUCCAAAUUGAAUACAGCCUGUUUCGCACACCGCUACUAUGCACCCAUGUUAUAUAAUAUUCUAAUAUUGUAUUACAGUGAAACAAGUGCUAAAAUAGCAUGGCUUUUGAUUCUUCCACUGUCAGAGCCAGUACAUUUACAAAUGGAACCCUUCAGAACAUGACUUUCUUUGUAAUCAAAUGUCAGACAGCGGCCUGGAUAUAUACUUCUUGAACUUGCCACACACGUGAAAGGUAGCAAAAUAUGGCAUUAGACAAUGUAGCACUCAAAGACACCCUUAACAAAACUCCAUUGCAGGUUCUAAAUUGGUUGUUACCCUUUAACUGGGGUUGGGAUCCUAAUUGUUUCUUAUUAAAAUUCUCCAUGUCAUGGUCAAGUGCAACAUUCUCCUUUUUGUUCAUUAAAUACAAGGUUUUUUCA